AUGUUGGUAAAACCAUCUUUUGGUUUUAAUAAAAAUCGUUCUAAUUCUACUAUUAAAUCAUCAUUACCAUCAUUUUUUGAUAAUAAUCAGUUUCAAAAAUCAAAUGAACAACAGGAUCAUGAUCUUUUGGAAUUAAAUCGACAAAAACUUCAAUCUCUAAUAAAUGAUUCACAACCAAUUUAUAAAGCAUUUGCUUUACAUAAUUUUUAUCCUGAAACGAAUAGAGAAUUAUCAUUUAAAAAAGGUGAUACAAUACUUGUUAAACGUCGUAUUAAUGAUGAUUGGCUUGAAGGUGAACAUCAAGGUUUAACAGGAAUAUUUCCUAUUAAUCAUGUUGAAUUAUUUCCAUAUGAAAUAAUUGAACAAGAAAAUCCUAAUGAAAAAGAACAACAAAUAGAAGGUGAAGCUAUUGUUAAAUAUGAUUUUAUACCAGAGAAAACCUAUGAAUUACAAUUAAGAAAAGGUGAUAAAGUUAUUCUACUACGAAAAUUUGAUAAUGACUGGUAUGAAGGACGACUUAAUCAUGUUGAAGGUAUUUUUCCUGUUGAUUAUGUUGAAACCAUAAGAGAACCAAAGAGUAAAUCAUUAAAACAAUCUAAUCAAAAUGAACAUACAACAAAUACUAUUAAAAUGCCAAAAAGUGCAUUAAAAAAUUCUACUCGAUUACAACAAACAGCUACAGAAAAAAUAAAUAUUCUUCCAGAAUUAUCAAUACCAAUGCAGAAAUGUCAAGUACUUUAUGAUUAUACACCACAAAAUUCAGAUGAACUUGAAAUUCAUGUUGGAGAUAUAAUUAAUAUUGUUGAAAUAUGUGAUGAUGGAUGGUAUUGUGGAAUAAUGGAAAAAUCUAAUCAUGGAAAUAAUAUGGAAUUUGGAACAUUUCCAGGCAAUUAUGUUAAAUUAUUACCUGUUUGA